AUAAAAAAAAUGUGACAAAUAAGUCCCGACUCCCGAUCAUUACAAGUUUACAACAAUAUUGACGCAAACACUCUUCUCUCUUCUCUUUCGUUCUUCAAUCUUCUCCCUCGCAGAUCCGCCCGCCCCACCAGCCGCUAAUCGCCAAUUCUCUUCGUCUUCAAAACCCCUUUGCUCUUCGCAAAGCCUCCGCACAACCCAAGCGCCAGACGCUCUGAACGACAAAUCAGUGAAGCCUUGGGGGCGGCCGCCCCUCUAGCUGCAACCUGCAGUUCUUCUUACUAAUAUAUGAGCACUCUUCUCUUCCGUUCAACUGCCAGUUUGUGUAUUUGCGAUCAGUGAGAUAAAUCAAAAUUCGUGAGGACCCUCUUAGCUUACUGUAGUCUUACGCCAUGGCUGUCCAACAAGAGGCGGCGCAGGAGUACGUGCCGCAGCCGAAGAAGAAAGAACCUUCUGAGCUGGAGAAGAGGAGAAAGAAAAUUGAACCUGGAAGCUUAAAGAAAGCUGAAAUGAGGCCAGGAGGUGGCGAUGCUAGACCAUCCGAUGGUGACCAGGUCUUAUAUCACUGCACAGUUAGAACGUUGAAUGGAGUAGUUGUGGAGUCUACUAGAUCUGAUAAUGGGGGUAAAGGCAUUCCACUGCGACAUGUUUUGGGUAAAAGCAAGAUGCUGUUAGGAGUCGUUGAGGGACUUACCACAAUGUUGAAGGGUGAAGUGGCAAUGUUUAAAAUGAAGCCAUCAAUGCAUUAUGGUGAGGCUGAUUGUCCAAUCUCGCCACCAAGUGGAUUUCCAAAGGAAGAUGAACUUCAUUUUGAGAUUGAAAUGAUAGAAUUCUCAAAAGUGAAGGUAGUCAAUGAAGAUUUGGGGGUUAUAAAGAAGGUGAUUGCUGAUGGCCAAGGCUGGGAAACUCCUAGGGAACCAUAUGAAGUACAAGCCAGGAUUUCAGCUAAAACUGGUGACGGGAAAGUUAUUCUUUCCCACGCACAAGGAGAUCCAUAUUUCUUUACUUUCGGGAAAUCUGAGGUGCCUAAAGGUCUUGAGAUGGGAAUGGGAACAAUGGCACGGGAAGAAAAGGCUAUAAUAUAUGUUACUGGCCAAUACUUAACUCAGUCACCCCUCCUCUCUACAAUAGAAGGUUUGGAUGAAGUUCAAUUUGAAGUGGAGCUUGUUCAUUUUGUUCAGGUGAGAGACAUGCUUGGAGAUGGGCGUCUAAUAAAACGCAGACUUCGUGAUGGGAAGGGUGAGUUUCCCAUGGAUUGCCCUCUUCAUGACAGUCUCCUGCGGGUCCACUACAAGGCCAUGCUUCUAAAUGAUGAAAAGACUGUCUUCUACGAUACAAGAGUCGAUAAUGAUGGGCAGCCUUUAGAGUUCAGUUCUGGCGAAGGACUGGUUCCUGAAGGAUUUGAAAUGUCUGUCCGUCUGAUGCUUCCAGGAGAGUUGGCUUUGGUAACAUGUCCUCCUGAUUAUGCAUAUGACAGAUUUCCAAGACUUGUAGUGUUCUAGUUAAUUGAACUACUUAUUAACCUUCUGUACGUGUGGUUAGGCCAGCCAAUGUUCCCGAAGGUGCUCAUGUCCAAUGGGAAAUUGAGCUUCUUGGUUUUGAAAUGCCAAAGGACUGGGCUGGCAUGGAUUUUCAGAGUAUAAUGGAUGAUGCUGGAAAGAUCAGAAGCACCGGAAACAGGUUGUUCAAAGAAGGAAAGUUCGAACUAGCCAAAGCCAAGUACGAGAAGGUACUGAGGGAGUUUAACCAUGUCAAUCCACAAGAUGACGAGGAAGGGAAGGUUUUCCUGAACACGCGGAAUUUGUUACACCUUAAUGUGGCCGCUUGCUACCUGAAAAUGAAGGAAUGCAGAAAAUCCAUCGAGGCAUGCAACAAGGUUCUGGAUGCCAGUCCUGCACAUGCAAAGGCUCUAUACCGCCGCGGAAUGGCAUACAUGGAAGCUGGCGAUUUUGAUGAAGCAAAGAACGACUUUGAAAUGAUGGCAAAAGCUGACAAGUCGUCCGAGCCUGAUUCAAAAGCUGCUCUUCAGAAACUAAAGCAAACAAAGCAGGAAGUUGAGCGAAGAGCACGGAAACAAUUCGGAGGGCUCUUUGAUAAGAAGCCCGGAGAGAUAGCAGAGGUUGGACCAGAAGAUGAAGCAAAUGAGAAAGAGGAGGAGAGCACAUCCAAAGAACAGCACAAGGACGACGAGAUCGAGGAAGAGCCAUUGCUGGAAGAUGCAGUGGAGGGACCAAGACCUGGCCUGUUGCAUCGCUUGUGGCCGACUGGGGGAAGGCUAUUCUCGGCUUUGGGGCUCCAACGCUGUACCAUCUUGUGAAACCUCGGCAGAGAGGUCACUUUUUAAAAUCGCUCCCACAUUGCUGGUUAUGCAGAGAGGUCACUUGCUCACUUUUGAACUAGUAACUUUAUACAUGAUAAUAAUUUGUCUCUUCUAUCUACACCUAUUAUUAAAGUCAAAUUAGGGGAAAAAUUCCCCAUUUCAAAUUUCCAGCCUGAAAGAGAGAGAAAUAUGGAAGCCUCGUUUCGUAAGAGGAUAUUUACAUGGUUGAAACUUUGAAAGUAUUAUUUGGCCC